CUUUCUCAUGCGUUCUAGUUGAUAUAAGGAGCAUCGAAGAGUAAAAGGAAGCAGAAGAAGAAGAAGAUGCGUCUCGCCCCUCGGUUGCCGCAGUUCCUUUUCUUGGCUUUCCAACUUCUCCUUCUCCAUCCAUUUCUUUCCGCCCAAGGUAGCAAACCUAUUGAUGCUACUAACUUAUUGAAGAGAGUUUCUUCAAGUUUAAAGUCAAAGCGCUAUAAUGAGGCACUAGAAGAUCUUAAUGCUGCUCUGGAGGCAGAUCCAACACUUUCAGAAGCGUAUUGGCAUCGUGCAUCUGCCCUUCGUCAACUAUGCAGAUUUGAGGAAUCCGAGGAAGACUACAAGAAAUUUCUGCAGCUAAAACCUGGAACUUCUGCAGCAGAAAAAGAACUUUCUCAGUUGUUGCAGGCUAAAAGUGCAAUGGAAACAGCACUCAGUCUUUUUGACUCGGGUGAUUUUGCAAAAGCUUUGGAUUAUAUUGAUAAAGUUGUCCUUGUUUUUUCACCUGGGUGCAUGAAGGCGAAGUCUCUUAAAAUAAGGCUUCUGAUAGGAGUUAAAGAUUAUUCAACUGCUAUCACAGAAUCUGGCUAUUUACUUAAAGAAGAUGAGAAUGAUUUGGAGGCGUUACUGCUGCGUGGACGUGCCUAUUAUUAUUUGGCUGAUCAUGAUGUUGCUUUCAGGCACUUUCAGAAAGGUCUUCGUUUAGAUCCAGAGCAUAGUGAACUGAAGAAAACAUACUUUGGAUUGAAAAAUCUACUAAAGAAGACUAAGAGUGCGGAAGAUAAUGUAGAUAAGGGUAAGCUGCGAGUGGCAGUAGAGGACUUCAAAGGAGCUCUUGCAUUGGACCCAACUCAUACCGCACAUAAUGUACAUCUUCAUCUUGGCUUAUGUAAGGUCUUGGUCAAGCUUGGAAGGGGAAAGGAUGCCUUGAGCAGUUGCACCGAAGCACUCAACAUCGAUGGUGAGCUUGUUGAAGCUUUAGCUCAGAGAGGUGAAGCCAAACUUUUGAUAGAAGAUUGGGAGGGAGCUGUGGAUGAUCUUAAAACAGCAGCUCAAAUGUCUCCACAGGAUAUGAAUAUUCGAGAAGCACUAAUGAGGGCUGAGAAAUCAUUGAAGUUGAGCAAGCGCAAGGACUGGUACAAAAUUCUAGGGAUCUCAAGAACUUCAUCCGUUGCAGAGAUCAAACGCGCUUACAAGAAACUUGCUUUACAAUGGCACCCUGAUAAGAAUGUUGAUAACAGAGAGGAAGCAGAAGCCAAAUUUCAAGAAAUAGCUGCUGCAUAUGAGGUACUAGGUGACGAAGACAAACGUGUAAGAUAUGACAGAGGAGAAGAUAUUGAAGACAUGGGCAUGGGAACGGGCGGUGGCGGUUUCAACCCUUUUGGAGGGCAGCAAUUCACAUUCCAUUUUCAAGGUGGCGGUGGAGGAUUCCCUGGUGGUGGAUUUGGAUUUGAUUUUUGACCUAACUAAAUUAUCCACAAUGUCCCUAUUGCCCAGAAAGAGAAUGAAGAAUGUGGUUGAAGAUGUUGACUGACUAACUGCAAACCAGGUGACCAUCCGGGCCAAAGAAGGUUCUGAUUUUAAGAGUUUUUCUUUGUCUCUCUUACGUGCGGCAUUAUCAUCCCUUCGAUAGGGAAAUAAUACUUUUGAUGGAUGUGAUCCAUGUUUUCUUCUUCUAUUGGUUUAUAGUUUAUAUUGGAGAAGGGCUGGACAGAGGAUAUGCUUGUCUUGGGAUGCAUCAAACGGAAGCAUGUAAUUCUUUUUUUUUUCCUUUUUCUUUUUUCCAUUUUCUUAAUCAGAUUAACAUUUACAUACCCAGUGAAUGGAUUCGGGAUUUAAAAUCCCUAAUUAGGAGCA